AUGGCUGUGCUUCUCCUCAUAGGGAUGCUGGUGGCCCCAGGAGUGGGGAGCCACCCGCUGGACACCCCCCACCGGCCGCAGGAGCUGCCUCCAGGACUCUCCAAAAACAUCAAUGCCACGCUCUUCAAUGGCAUGUUUAAAAAUGUGGAAAGCGCGACCGAAAUUUUCGACUGCCUGGGCUCCCACUUCACCUGGCUGCAGGCUGUCUUCACCAACUUCCCCGCGCUGCUGCAGUUCGUCAGCGGCAUGAGGUGCGUGGCUGGCCUCUGCCCCCGGGACCUGGAAGACUACGGCUGUGCCUGCAGGUUUGAGAUGGAAGGGCUCCCCGUGGACGCGUCGGACAGCUGCUGCUUCCAGCACCGCAGGUGCUACGAGGAGGCUGCGGAGAUGGACUGUCUCCAGGACCCCACCAAGAUCAGCACAGAUGUCAACUGCGUCAGCAAGAAGAUCACAUGUGAGUCCAGAGACCCCUGUGAGCGCCUGCUGUGUACCUGCGACAAGGCUGCCAUUGAGUGCUUGGCCCAGUCCACGAUCAACUCCUCCCUGAAUCUGCUGGACACCUCCUUCUGCCUGGCUCAGCUUCCAGAGACGACCAGCAGGAAGGAGCUGACGACCCCUCUGCCUGGAGUGGAACCUGUGGAGCCUACAGACAGCAGCCUGGUGGCCCUCUCAGGAGAAGUGUCUGCUGAGACCAGAGGCGACCAACUGACCACUCUCUUCAGGACAAAGCAGGGGACCUCCCUUUUCCUGUCAGAACCGCUCCAAGACCAGCGAGGCACCGAAGCCGCGAGGACCACCACCCCUCCAGGGUCUGCAGAAAUUGCCGCCACAGCUGGAGGGGGAACCGUCGUCCCUGCCAGCACCGAGUCUCCGGGGCUGGCCGUGUCACCUGUCAAACGUGGUCCUGAGCUGACAACUGGAAGAGCUUGUGACAGGGUCACCUUCCCGCAUCUAUGGAGUGGGGAGCCGCAGCUGGGAGAGAUGCUCUUCUGUCUGACGUCCCGGUGCCCGGAGGACUUUGAAUCUUACGGCUGUUACUGUGGGCGAGGAGGACAAGGCGAACCAGUGGACGCCCUGGACAGGUGCUGCUGGUCCCGCCACUGCUGCCUGCAGCAGGUGAGGAGGCUGGGCUGCCUGCUGGAGAGGCUUCCUCGGUCCCCGGUGGGCUGCACGGACGGCGUCCCCAAGUGUGUGGGGCAGAGCCUGUGUGCGAACCUGCUUUGCACCUGUGACCAGACGGCGGCCCAGUGCAUGGCUGCUGCCUCCUUUAACCGCAGCCUGGCAUCGGCCGGCAGGCUGGAGUGCCAGGGCGAGCCGCCCCCCUGUGAGGACGGGGUGCAGGGCGAGCCUUCUGCUUCCUCCCUGGGCUCCAGAUCCGAGGAGAGCAGCGAGGAGGCCGAGCCCCCCGUGGCACCCCUGAGAAGAGCCAGAAGAUUUCUGGGGAAGUCACUCGGUCCCGUGUGA